UCCAGCGGUGUCCUUUCUUGCCGGCACCUUUAGUGUGGGCAUCCGGCUGUGACAGCUUGCGGCUUCACAGCUGGGUGCCCACUGCGCAUGUGUGAGAGAUGCUGCGCUUUGUGAAUGGUCCCGUAGAAUUCUGGGACCUGUCACGUGUCCCAGAAGACUACGGGGGGGGGGGGGGGGGGGGUAGGACAACGUCAGCUUCCGAUCGCCUAGGCAAUCACAGUGGAAGUGGGAGCGGGCACCUGUCAAAUUCGGAUACCCGUUCCCCAAUGUUGCCAAUCCUUAAUGGGGAGCGGGGGACAAAGGCUUAAAGCAGAAACUUCCCCUUUUGGGUGGAGCUCCGCUUUAAAA